CAUGGGUGCAAGAGAUUGUGGGAGGUUUUCUCGGGAUUUUUGGUGUCGAUCCGACCUCUGAUGGGACUCGGACGACGAUAAUCAUUCUAGCGACAGUUUUGAUGUACUGUCUGGAUUUCGCCAUCAACACCGUUCAGGCAGGCAUUCGAGCUUUCAUCGUCGAUAAUGCUCCCCCUCAUCAGCAGGAAUCGGCGAACGCUUGGGCUAGUCGGCUUACUGGCGUGGGCAAUAUCCUUGGAUACAUCUUUGGAUACCUCGAUCUGCCCAAAAUCUUCCCGUUUUUUGGAAAUACUCAGUUCAAGGUGCUUUGUGCAUUGUCCUCACUGGCGCUCGCUAUCACGCUGAGCAUCAGCUGUUCUUAUAUCCAUGAGCGAGACCCAAGGCUCGAAGGACCACCCUCCUCAGAUAGUCAAGGAAUUCUUGGCUUUUUCCGGCAAGUGUUCAAGUCGAUCAAGUUUCUACCUCCGCAGAUCGCCAAGGUUUGCGAGGUUCAGCUUGCUGCCUGGGUUGGCUGGUUUCCGUUUCUAUUCUACGCAACGACAUACAUAGGGCAGCUCUAUGUCAAUCCAAUCUUCGAUCAGCAUCCGGACUUAUCCGAGGAUGACAUCAAUAAGGCUUGGGAAGAAGCAACUCGAAUUGGAACGUUUGCACUUUUGAUUUACGCGAUAAUCUCGUUUAUUGCUAAUAUGGUCUUGCCGCUCUUUGUUGUCCCGACAUACAGGCCGAUCACGAGGCCGGAGCAGGCUUACCCGGAUACUCCAGAGGAGAACGAACCCUGUCUAUCUAGAAGGAUGUCAAUCUCAAGUCUGCCCGUCGGUGUCGCCUCAGAACCCGCUUUAGAAACCCCCAGCGGUAAGCCAACUGGAAGUGGGGAUGAAUCGACAUGGUUAUCGAAACUGCAGAUACCUGGGCUGACGCUGCGCCGGGCAUGGCUUAUCUCUCACGUCCUGUUCGCGGUCUGCAUGUUCAGCACCUUCUUCAUCUCCUCUUAUCAGGCUGGAUCAGCGAUUAUUGGUCUUGUGGGCAUUUCGUGGGCCUUGACUCUAUGGGCUCCCUUCGCCCUGAUCUCCGCAGAGGUGUCCCGCAUCGAUGCGGAGCGUCGGACACGGCGGCAUCAGGCAGAGAUGGAAGUACCUCCUGAACAUUAUGCCGCUGAUGACCACGGUGAUGGUGCUGAUUACGACGAAGAUCUAGAGAACGGUGCUCGACCGCGACGCGCCAAGGUCAAGAACGAGGAGGAAAAUCUUGCCCAAGCGGGCAUUAUCCUUGGGCUCCAUAACGUGGCAGUGUCUGCGCCCCAGAUCUUUUCAAGCUUGAUUAGUAGCGCUAUCUUCAAGGCCUUCCAGAAGCCUAGGGGAGAGCCCUGGGAUGACAGUGUUGGAUGGGUGCUUAGAUUUGGAGGAUGUGCUGCUUUAGUUGCGGCCUGGCUGGCCAGUCGCCUUGGGGAUCGCACGGCGUAAAUUGAAUGUUCCAUGAUUUCGUAGUUGGGUAUUUGUCUCCAUAUAUAGGUACAUUACACUAUAAAUCUCAUUUUUGUUACAGAUCC